CUUAAAGGGGACGCGGCCGGACUGGCAGCUCGCGGGGUAGCCCCCGCUCUGGCUCCGCCCAGUUUCCCGCACCCCGCCCCUCCCCCCGCUCCGUCCCGCAGCCCAGCGACCGCGCAGCAGAGUUUCACUGCCCAGGUCCAUCUAGGGUUAUGCGGAGCGGGGUGGGUGGAGUUGGACAUCACUGUGGCAGCAGCAUCCCUCAGGUCUGGGACCCCUCGGUCGGGGAGCGCAGGACCCGCCCUGACCUAGCCUGGCCCAGCCUAGACAAACCUGGCCCAAGCGCCCCGCCCAGGAGUGGGUUCUGAGAGUGUUCGAGUCCAUGGUGGGUGAGCAAAGGCAUCACAUCUUGCUCAGCAAGCAGGAGGCAGAGAAUGCUAUCUUUUGAAACCUGCCAGUGAUGCACUACCCACAACGAGACCCGAGACCCGCACCUCCUACUUCUUCCUAAACAGUUCUUUCUAUGGGGAAUCACAUUCCACUAGGCAAGCAAACCGAGGCCCUUCUGCAGCGUGAGCACCCAGGGAUCUGGACCGGGUGUGUGUCAGUGCGCUGCCCUGCUCCCUGCCCCCCAGCAGCGUGUGGCCGUCAUGGACAAGAUCCUGGAGGCCGUGGUGACUUCGUCCUACCCUGCGAGCGUGAAGCAAGGGCUGGUGCGGCGCGUGCUGGAGGCCGCGCGGCAGCCCCUGGAGCGGGAGCAGUGCCUGGCGCUGCUGGCCCUGGGCGCGCGCCUCUACGUGGGUGGCGCGGAGGAGCUGCCGCGCCGCGUGGGCUGCCAGCUGCUGCACGUGGCGGGGCGCCACCACCCCGACGUCUUCGCCGAGUUCUUCAGCGCGCGCCGCGUGCUGCGCCUGCUGCAGGGCGGUGCGGGGCCCCCGGGGGCGCGCGCGCUGGCCUGCGUGCAGCUGGGGCUGCAGCUGCUGCCAGACGGGCCCGCGGCCGACGAGGUGUUCGCGCUGCUGCGGCGCGAGGUGCUGCGCACCGUGUGCGAGCGUCCCGGGCCCGCCACCUGCGCGCAGGUCGCCCGGUUGCUGGCGCGCCACCCGCGCUGCGUACCCGACGGCGCGCACCGCCUGCUCUUCUGCCAGCAGCUGGUGCGCUGCCUGGGCCGCUUCCGCUGCCCUGCCGAGGGCGAGGAGGGCGCCGUGGAGUUUCUGGAGCAGGCCCAGCAGGUUAGCGGGCUCCUAGCUCAGCUCUGGCGUGCCCAGCCCGCUGCCAUCCUGCCCUGCCUCAAGGAGCUGUUCGCCGUCAUCUCCUGCACAGAGGAGGAGCCACCGUCCAGCGCCUUGGCCAGUGUGGUCCAGCACCUCCCACUGGAGCUCAUGGAUGGGGUGGUCCGGAACCUCAGCAAUGAUGACAGCGUCACAGACCCCCAGAUGCUGACUGCCAUUAGCAGGAUGAUCGACUGGGUGUCCUGGCCCCUGGGGAAGAACAUUGACAAGUGGAUCAUUGCCCUUCUCAAGGGCCUGGCUGCUGUUAAGAAGUUCAGCAUCUUGAUAGAGGUUUCGCUCGCCAAAAUUGAGAAGGUCUUCUCUAAGCUCCUGUACCCCAUCGUUCGGGGAGCUGCCCUGUCUGUCCUCAAGUAUAUGCUCCUGACUUUCCAGCACUCCCACGAAGCCUUCCACCUGCUUCUUCCUCACCUUCCUCCCAUGGUGGCCUCUCUGGUCAAGGAGGACUCGAACUCUGGGACCAGCUGCCUGGAGCAGCUGGCAGAGCUGGUGCACUGCAUGGUGUUUAGGUUCCCAGGCUUCCCAGACCUGUAUGAGCCUGUCAUGGAAGCCAUUAAGGUGAGUGGACAGCCUCUUUGACAGAUGAGCCUGUUUGGGCCUUCUUUGAGGCUAUUAUACCUUGGCUGGGUAGCAUCUCCAUCAUCUGAACCCCUGCUGUUUCCUGUCAGCUCUCUGGGGCCAUUGUGUGCCUCAAGAGCAUGGAGGUCUCCACUGCUCCUACUGGGUCUUUCCUCAUGUGUGCUCUGGGCCUCUGUGUGGGCUGGGGCCUCUGGUAACCCCUUCCCCCAUCUGAGCCAUAGCUCCUGCUUUAUCUUAUUUGAAUUUUCUUGGUUUUUGGUUAGCAGACAAGAUAAUGGGUCACAGCACCCACUUACCACUGAAUGCGGUCUUCAGGGUCUUGAAGACUGCUUUCAGUGAGCCUUCCCUGGGCUGUCAGUGUCCACCUCCCUGCAGGGCUCCCCAGGGCUCAGCAGGGCCUCUUGGUGGCUCCUGCAGCACCAGCGCUCUCCCAGGUUGUCACUGUGUGUCCUGAGCACUCCAGAACGGGUGAUACCCGGUAACAGGACUAGGCUGGUGUCCUGCCCUCAGCCAAGCUGAGGUUGGGGUCUGGGGACCCAGGCACAAAGCAAACCAAGAUGUCUUCCUGGAGGGGCUUUUGAAGCCCAUUGGGGCAGUAGAUCUGCUUACAGGAAGUCCACUCUAAGGACCACUGAUACAGGGAGAUGGUCCAAGUGGAGGUGAAGGCCUCUUUCAGAGCCUCUGAUGUGAUGCUCACUCCCACAGCACAGCAGACCUGAUGCCUAGGACAUUUCUCUACAAAACAUCUGGGCAUGUGUGUUGAGACAGAGAGACAUCUUUUACAAAGAUGUGUGUGUGUGUGUG